GACUGAAGUGUUUUCAAAUCACAGGCAGAGUGUCUGUGUGAGAUACAUACAUGUAGGUGAAUGGGGUAUAAAAUGUCAUUCAUUUAUAGUUUGUUGAAACAGCUGUCAUUAGGAGUUAGAAUGUUGUGACGGCUGUCUUUACUUUAUGUGUGUGUUUGCAUGCAUGCAAGUGUGUGUGUGUGUGCAUACGACUGUGCAUACAAGUGUGUUUGCAUGCAAGUGUGUGUGAGAGAGAGAGAGAGAAAGAGUGAGUAAUUACAAGUGAUGAUACUUCUACUACAUGGUAGAUGGAAGGGUAUGACACAUCCAACACAAACUUUAUAUUUAUUUUAGUAACCUAUAUAGAAAUAGCUUAAAAUGACAGUUAACUUUCAUUGAAAUCACACCCUACCAUCUUAAAGAGAAAACACUGACUGGUGGAUUACCCAAAGAGAUUACAGAUCUGCUUCAUCAAGGUUCUAUAAAGGACCAGCUGUAGGAGGAACAUCUUUGACAACCUUUCAUAUAUAUGUAUAAUUUUUUUGUGUGUAUAUUCUUGGCAGAAUCAUGGAUCCUCCAGUUGAAAUGCGAUACAGAUCUUUAUGGAAAAGAAUCUCUUCAUAUGCUCUCACCUCAUUUGCCUUCAGCUUUCUGAACUCAAUAUUUCAGUUUUACUAUGUGAAAAUCUUCUUGAACAUUUACCACAUUGAAGAGAGCUGGUUCCACAUAGCUCAGAUUGUCUUUAUGAUAUGGAAUGCCAUCAAUGAUCCAUUGUUUGCUUACAUCCAGGACAUGUCAGGAUAUUCAUUCGUGCGAAGUCGUCGUGAGACCAUCUUGUAUGCAGCACCUUUCCUCUCUCUAGCUUUUCUUAUUCCUUGGUUUCCUUGGUCUAUUGGAACCUGGCUCACUGGUAUCCACCUGAUAAUGUCACUCUGUCUCUAUGACACUGCUUUCACAUAUAUUGGACUUGCACACUGUUGUUUGAGCACAGAGAUGUCUCAUGUUCACAAGGACCGUCUCCAACUGAUACAGUUUGCUGAGCUUGCCUGUCUGUUUGGCGGCACAUCUGUGUUCUUCUGUGAGUACUUUACACAAAGUCUUAAGAACUUUGGCAACUUUCAAAUACUAUGCUUUAUCAUUGCUUGUAUCAGCUGUCUGUGUAUGCGAUACACUGGCAAGAAUGCAUUCACUGAAUAUGACAUUGCAAGUUCAGAUAAUUGUUGUGGAGAGAGCAAGAAGUCUUCAGAAUCCAUUACUAUCAUUCUUCGACAACUCUUUACAAAUCGGAAUUUCAUUACUUUUGUCCUCGUGAAUUUUUUCCAAAUAUUCCACAAGACAUUCAUCUCUAAUUUCAUGGCCAUAUUUAUUGACCAGCUUCUUCCUGACACAGCUAUCUCAACAUUCACUCGAAGCACGUAUUAUGGUGCUAUCAAUGUUCUUCCUCAAAUAUUAGUGAUACUCUGUGCCCCUCUUGUUGCCAAAGUUGGGUAUUACUAUGUCACACUUGGUAACUUCAUCUUCAAGAUUCUAUUUGGAGUGUUGAUGUGUCUUGUGGGUCCAUCAUAUCCUUUAUUGUUCUUGACGUUCUUAUUAGCCGACAGUUCUUACACAUGUGCAACUUACUCCUUGAUUAAUAUGCCACUAUCUGAUGUUGCUGAUGAAAAUGCUGCCACUUAUAACCGACCGAAACCAAUUUCAUCCAUGAUCUAUGGAAUGAGUGCACUCAUUGAAAAGCCAGCCAUUUCAAUUUCACCCAUGUUCAUUGUCAAUAUUCUCAACUCUUAUGGCUACCAGCAGCUAAAGGAAGGAAAACUGUCUUUGUCCAAGACCAACAUGUUGAAGUCCACCAUGUUCAAUCUGAUAUACAUCAUUCCAAUUUGUAUGGGUUGUGUCCAGCUGGUCAUCUGGUCAUUGUUCAGGCUAAGGCACACACACAAGAACUCUGGUGUGGGAAAAUCAUGAACUUCGCAACUCUGCACUGGUCCUUGUUGAUGAAUUUCAGGUUGUGUGCCUAAUUUAAUCAUCAUCAUCAUCAUCAUUGUCGUCGUCAUUGUGAUCAUCAUCAUUAUCAUCACCAUCAUCAUCAUCAUUAUUAUUAUUGUAUAAGGCAGCAAUCUGGCAGAAUUGUUAGAUUGUUGGACAAAAUGCCUUGUGGUAUUUCUUCCAGCUUAUUACAUUCUGAGUACAAAUUAUGCUGAGGUUGACCAAUUGAGUACAAGGUGUCUAUGUAAUCAAUUAACCUUCUCCCUCAAAAUGUCAGGCCUUGUGCCUAUAGUAGAAAGAAUUAUUAUUAUUAUCAGUGGCAGAAGCAGUAGAGUGGUGAAUAAAAUACCUUGUCAUACUUAGUUACAUCUUAUUAUGUUCUGAGUUCAAAUUCCACUGGUGUGAAUUUUGCCUUUCAUCUCUGGGGUUGAUAAAAUGAGAACAGUCAAGUAGAGGUUUCAUUUAAAUCUACUACAAUCCCUUUCAUAACCUGGGCCAUUAUUAUUUUUAGGGCAGUAGAUUGGCUAAAUAAUUAGAGCAUCAAGUAAAAUGACUUUGUCUCUGCUCUUCGCAUUCUGAUUUCAAAUCCUGCCAAGAUCAACUUUGCCUUUCAUCCUUUUGGAAUCAAUAAAAUAAAGUGCCAGCCAUAUACUGGGGUCAAUUCAAUCAACUUGUCCCCUCUCCUUAAAUUGAUGGCCCAGUGCCAAAAUUAGUAAGAUUUAUUGUUGUUGUUGUUAGAGUGUUGGACAAGAGAAUCAGUAGAGACUGGAUAAAAUAUUUUGUGAUUUUUAUUCAUGUACCUUUACAUUCUGUGUUCCAAUUCCACCCUAGUUAACUUUUUUUUUCCUCCUUCUUAAGGCCAUUAAAUAAAUAGCUGUGUAAAACAGGAGUCAGUUCAGUCAAAUACGCCUAAAUGUAUUGCCUUGUGCUUCUGUAAGAAAACAUAACCGUCAUCGUUGUUAUUAUUAUUUAGUGCCAGAAACAAUAAUGUCAAACUAAUUGUCUUUCAGUUUUUAGCUAUGUUUCUCUAUCCUUCUAAAGUUGAUGAAAUAAGGCCAAUUACUGGAGCCAAUAUAAUCAACUAUAUACCUCUCUCUCUUCAAAUACAUGUGCUUGUGUUAAAAAUUCAUGGGGGCUGUGGUUUGACAUUUGUUUCAUUAUCAAACAAAAUGCAUAAUAAAAUUUAGUUAUAACAUUUUAUAUUCUGAAUUCAAAUCCCACAAUUUGAGUGUUAGGUUUGAUAUCACUGACUGAUCAUUCCCCACAAAUAUGUGACUUUGUAUUCAUGACAAAAAAAAAAAACCUCACAGAAUGGUUAAAUGUCUUGUGGGUAGUAUUUUUUUCAGCUCUUUGUGGUAUGAAUUCAAAUCUCACUGAGAUCAGUUUUGCCUUUCAUCGUUUGGGAUCAAUAAAAUAAAGUACUAUUUGAGUAGUGGGUCAAUGUAAUCUUCCGUUUUCUGCUUCUCAAAAUUGCUGGCCUUGUGCCUUAAUCAGAAACCAUUAUUAAUAUUAUAUUAUUAUUAUUAUUAUUAUUAUUAUUAUUAUUAUUAUUAUUCAAAAGCUUUUACAUGCAAAUUUAAUUAGUAAGGAUGUUAUCAUAAGAUUUGAUGACAACAGAUCUCCUCAAAUCUCAAUAACCUUUGUUUAGAUUCCUGCAGAAUACAGGAUAGCACUUUUCUACAGGUCACCAAUAUGUGUCUCAAUUUCUAUUUCUUUCAGCCUUUUAGAUAGCAAUUUGGGUGUUGCACAGAGUACACUCGUUACCACUGGUAUAAUUUUCACUUUUAUGUUCCACAGUCUUUUCAUCUCUGUGGUUCAAUAAAUAAAUAAUUGUUAUACAGUUGGGUCUCAUUUUAAUCAGUCAUAUCCUUAUUCUCAUAUCUCCUGCUAACAAAUUUGUUAUCUUGUGCCCACGUGUGAAGGUAUUGUUUUGCUUAAGUUGGAGAUUACUAUUCAUAUCAGCUAGUUGCUGUCUUAGCCCCUUGUUUAUCUUGACUGAACAGACUUAUGAUCAAAGAUGUUCCACUGCAUAAAUAUUCUGUCUGUUAUUUUUCUUGUUUUUGUCAAGUUAAGUUUUUCAGGAUUACAUUGUAUCCCCCCCCCCAUUUUUUUUUUUAAAUAAGUCUGAUUUGAAGGAUAUUUAGCUUCUUGUUCUAUUGAGGUGACUGCACACAACUAAAUGACUUUUGAUGAUAUUGGUGAUGGCUAUAAUCUUGCUUAGCUGCAGAUCAUCUCUUAUUAAGUAUGAAGAAAUGUAUAGAUGAUUCACAAUUUGUACAGAUACAAGUGAGUAUGACAUUUUUGGCAUAAGAGGGUAAGUUCUUAA